AUGCCCUACAUUGGAGCUUCCAACAUAUCAGAGCAUUCCUUUGUUAAUUUGAAGGAAAAGCACGCGAUCACACAUAAAGGUGCUGUUAACUCUGCAACGUCUUUGCAAACACCCCCAAGCCCGGAUCAGGAGAACCAGGUCGAUAACGAAUUAGGAGACUACGACACUUCUUUGAGUGAUGUUUCCACUCCGAAUAAAAAUGAAGAAGACGGGUUUGACCGAAGCAUAAAGGACACGUUGGCCAGGUUUGGUAAGACCAAAUCACCGCCUGCUCUUGAUUUUGAACAACCGAGACUUCUGUCAACAGUGUCUUCAUCUGCGGACUCCACGGCGUCUUCACCGUUAACUGAUGAAGACAUAAAAGAACUAGAGUUUCUUCCGAAUGAAUCUACUCAUUCCUACUCCUACAAUCCUCUCUCGCCAAACUCUCUAGCGGUCAGAUUAAGGAUUUUGAAAAGAUCUCUAGAAAUCAUAAUACAGAACCCAAGUAUGCUGUUGGAACCCACUCCGGACGAGUUGCCUCCUUUGAAGGAUUUUCCCGGUCGUAGAAGAAGUAUGCCAAGGGCAUCCGCUUCCGCGAACAAUCUGAUGAAUAGAAACAAGAGCCAAAUCUGGAACACGACUUCCGCCACUUUAAACGCAUUUGUAAAUAAUACCUCUUCUUCUUCGGCAGUAUCAUCUGCUUCGUCUGACAAACAGCAGGGCACCCCAGUUUUCCCUAAUUUAGACCCAACUCAUUCCCAGACAUUCCAUAGAGCUAACUCUUUAGCUUAUUUGCCUUCCAUUUUACCCAAGCAAGACCCGCUGCUUAGACAUAGCAGCUCAUUAUUCCGUGGCAACUAUGGAAACAGCAUAAGCUCUGAAAGGCCGAAUUUUAGACAACCGUUUACAGACCAAACCAACACCAACCACACUAGCAGCUUGUUGAAUGAGAAAUCUUAUCCAGAAGAAGAAACAUUUCCGUCCCAUCACAAACCUUCUAUAGAUUCACUAAAUGAGCAAAGGGCGAACUUGAAGAGCCUUUUGGAUUUACUCAACGAAACGCUGGAAAAGAACACUUCCGAGAGAGCUUCCGAUCUGCACAUGAUAUCACUGUUCAAUCUGAACAAACUAAUGCUUGGAGACCCCAAGAAGAAUAAUUCCGAAUCCGAUAAAAGGACAGACAACUUGAAAAGAACCUUGCUAGAUAGUCUGGCAGAACCAUUUUUUGAACACUAUAAUUUUAUGGAAGGCAAUUCAACCGAAGAUUCAGAUGAAUUGAAGGAGGAAAUCGAUGAAUUCACAGGUUCCGGAGAUACCACUGCGAUAACGGAUAUGCGGCCCCAACAGGACUAUGGUCGUAUUUUAAGGACUUUCACAUCUACAAAGAAUUCUGCCCCACAGGCGAUUUUUACAUGUAGUCAAGUAGAUCCUUGGCAAUUUAGAGCCGCGAAUGAUCUAGCAUGUUUAGUAUUUGGUAUUUCGCAAAAUGCCAUUCGCGCGUUAACCCUAAUGGAUUUGAUUCAUACAGAUAGUAGAAAUUUUGUCUUACACAAGCUAUUGACCACCGAAGGCCAAGAAAUGGUCUUCACGGGUGAAAUUAUUGGUAUCGUUCAACCAGAAACAUCGAGCUUAUCUAAAACAGUAUGGGCAUCGUUUUGGGCGAAAAGAAAGAACGACUUAUUAGUUUGCGUUUUUGAAAAGGUCCCUUGUGACUAUGUCGAUGUGCUUCUAAAUCUGGAUGAUUUUGGUGUGGAAAAUAUUGUAGACAAAUGUGAGUUACUAUCAGAUGGACAUUUAUUGUCCCCUUCCUCCUCUACAACACCUUCGUCUGCCUCGCUAUCCAAGAUGGCCUCAUCUCCAAUUGCUAAUAAACUUGAAUAUUCCUUGGAGAGACAGGUUCUUGAAAACAGCUCUUUGAAGCCUAAUCUAGCCAGUCGCAAUGAAACUCAACUUGGUGACUCACGGUCAACAAAGAAAAGUGUAAAGUUCGCUAAUGAUAUUCAAGACGUUAAGAAUAUAAGUCAGUCAUUAGCCAAAUUGAUCGAGGACGUAAGGAGUGGCGUGGUAUUUGAUCGUGAUGAUGACCUCUUGCCUAUGCCCAUUAGAGUUUCCAGUCAUAUUAACGAAACAAGAUAUUUUACUUUAAACCAUUUGUCUUAUAAUAUUCCGUGUGCGGUCUCCUCUACUAUCCUGGAAAAUGAGCUAAAACUGAAGAUUCACAGCUUACCUUACCAAGCUGGUUUGUUCAUUGUGGAUUCUCAUACUUUAGAUCUGAUCAGUUCUAAUAAAUCCAUUAUGAAAAAUAUGUUUGGUUAUCACUUUGCAGAGUUGGUCGGAAAAUCCAUUACUGAAAUCAUCCCAUCAUUCCCAAAAAUUUUACAAUUCAUCAAUGACAAGUAUCCUGCAUUGGAUAUCACGCUUCACAAAAACAAAGGUUUGGUAUUAACGGAACAUUUUUUCAGGAAAAUCCAGGCAGAGAUGAUGGGUGAUCGUAAACGCUUUUACACCUCGGUAGGUAUCGAUGGGCUUCAUAGAGAUGGUUGUGAAAUCAAAAUUGAUUUCCAGCUACGUGUCAUGAAUUCUAAAGUAACUUUACUUUGGGUGACACAUUCCAGGGAUGUCGUAUUUGAAGAGUACAAUACGAACCCAUCACAACUGAAGAUGCUAAAGGAGAGUGAACUAAGUUUGAUGAGCAGUGCGAGUAGUUCUGCCAGUUCCUCCAAAAAAUCCUCAUCUAGAAUAUCUACGGGAACGCUAAAGGAUUUGAGCAAUAUGUCAACCUAUGAGGAUUUGGACCACCGAACUAAUAAACUGAAAUACGAAAUUGGGGGCGACUCCGCAAACCAAUCUGAAUCCACUUUAUCGGAACUGGAUAAAGGACCCUUGGAUGAGGACAAGGACAGCAGUUCAAUAAUUGUUGGUGAUCCUGAGAUUGAACACAAAUUAGAACUGGCCAAAAUUUACUCAAGAGAUAAAUCACAAUUUGUGAAAGAGGGAAAUUUCAAAGUCGAUGAACUUUUGAUAAUAAGUAAAAUUUCACUAUCCCCAAGUGUAGAAUCCUUAACAGCUGAGACAGAUUCUAAAGGUUCUGUAAAAGGACUAUUGCCGCUCAAGGAGAACACGUUGGUUGAGAAAAAUGCCACUGCAAACAGUAUCGGAGAAUUAGGUACAGAUGAAGACGGUAUCAUAAUGACUAGGAAAAAAUCAGAACUGCCUAUAAGUGUAUUUUUGCAUACCCCUGAGAAGAAUAUUGGUGCUGAAAAGCAUGUCAAGAAAUUUACAGAUUUCGUAAGUUUGCAGAAAAUGGGUGAAGGUGCGUACGGUAAGGUCGAUCUGUGCAUCCAUAAGAAAGAAAGGUAUAUUGUGGUGAUUAAAAUGAUUUUCAAAGAAAGAAUUCUUGUCGAUACAUGGGUCAGAGACAGGAAGUUAGGUACUAUACCUUCUGAGAUCCAGAUCAUGGCCACGUUGAAUAAAAACCCGCACGAGAAUAUUUUGCGGUUACUGGAUUUCUUUGAAGACGAUGAUUAUUAUUAUAUCGAAACGCCCGUGCAUGGUGAAACAGGAUGCAUAGAUCUUUUCGAUCUGAUUGAGUUCAAAACAAACAUGACAGAAUGCGAAGCCAAGCUAAUAGUCAAGCAAGUUGUGGCGGGGAUAAAGCACUUGCACGACCAAGGCAUUGUUCAUAGAGAUAUCAAGGACGAAAACGUGAUUGUGGACUCUAAAGGCUUCGUCAAGAUUAUCGAUUUCGGGUCUGCUGCAUAUGUCAAGAGUGGGCCGUUUGAUGUGUUUGUGGGUACUAUAGAUUAUGCUGCACCUGAAGUCCUGGGGGGGAACCCCUACGAGGGCAAGCCACAGGAUAUUUGGGCUAUCGGCAUUCUAUUGUAUACCGUGGUCUUCAAAGAAAACCCCUUCUAUAACAUAGAUGAAAUACUGGAAGGUGACUUGAAAUUUAAUAACACGGAGGAAGUCAGUGAAGAUUGUAUUGAAUUGAUCAAGAGCAUUUUGAAUCGUUGUGUACCGAAGAGGCCCACCAUUGACGAUAUUAACAAUGGUAAGUGGCUGGUGAUUUAA